GAGGUAUAUUAGCUGUCAACGACAUGGAUAAGAGAAAACAUGAGGCAAUGCACCAUCCAUCCUCAUUUCAGACACACUGUUCAACACCAUCACCCCAGCCCAGCCUGGACAUUGACUGAGCCCCUGAUCAUUUCUAUUUUGCCCAAGACGUUUAUUUGUGUCAUAAUUAAGACGCAUGCUCUCUAAUAUUAAACCCCAAGAGUGUGUGUGCUGUCACAUACAAAAAGAGAGAGGAGGAGAAGCAGAAAGGAAGAGAGAAGAGAGCUUCAACACUUUACACGUGCUUUGCGUUCUCCCCUCCAAGCCUCCUGCUAUCUCUGCCGACAAACCCCACCGCCGUUAAUUAAGACGAAUGCGCGCCGCGGCUCCGCAGACAAUGACCGGAGCACAUGGAUUUUUGCACACGAGGAUCAAACUGCGGGCCAUGGCACUGACGGUACCAACAUUGCAUCACGGACACGACACCCGGUACCCCGCUGUCCUCUCCCACCUCAAGUGGAACAGAUGAGUAGACUGUAGCGUAUUUUCCUAGAGUUUAUUUGCCUCACAAUCCCAUUCAGCCGCGCUCUCAUACUGCUAGAUCGUGUUGCUCCUGGUCUCCAAAACAGCCAGCAGCUGCCUGCUCCGCUGUGCGCUGUUUUGGAGGCGCAAAACCGGUAAUUACGCGCCGUGUUGACAAGUUUGGCGCGGUGCUGCAUGGUUUGCGCAUCAGCGACUGGCCAGUUUGUGGGAUCUACCAAGAUUUUUCUCCGGUGGAGUGAAGUGUGAUUUCCCCGGGAACCAUUCGGAGACCUUCGUUGCCCGAUCACAACAUCCAUUAGUGUGCUCACUGCAACCUGUAGCUGUGUGCCCUUUAAUUUCAGUUUGUAUUCCGCCAAGGCACAAUGGAGGGACACAGCUGACGGUUUUGAAUCCGUAGCCCGAGGAGAAGAGAAGAAAAAGGAGGAGGAAAACAGGGGAAACCGUAAAUGUAUGGGCGGUACACCCAGGAGCUGGGUGUGUAUGCCAAGGAGGAAGCGGCCCGCCUACGGGAUGGAGGUGUGCGGGAUGGCGGAGGACUGCGGAGGAACACCAGCGUUCGCAGUCGUGCUGCCGAUCUGCUGGAGUAUGAGAAAGACCCCUGUGCAAAGUGCCAUAUGUGUGCGUCUCGUUGCCAGAAGUUCCUGAUCUCACGGGUGGGGGAGGACUGGAUCUUCCUCAUUCUGCUGGGGCUGCUCAUGGCUCUGGUCAGCUGGGUCAUGGACUACGCCAUCGCUUUCUGCCAACAAGCACAGAAGUGGAUGCAUGGGGGACUGGACAGCAACAUGCUUCUGCAGUACAUCGCCUGGGUCACCUACCCUGUAGUGCUCAUCACUUUCUCAGCGGGAUUUACACAGAUACUGGCCCCUCAGGCUGUGGGUUCAGGUAUUCCUGAGAUGAAGACCAUACUGAGGGGUGUGGUCCUGAAGGAGUACCUGACGUUCAAGACGUUCGUGGCCAAAGUCAUCGGCCUGACCUGUGCUCUUGGCAGUGGGAUGCCUCUGGGAAAGGAGGGACCCUUCGUUCAUGUGGCCAGUCUGUGCGCCGCUCUCCUGAGCAAAGUCAUGGCUCCUCUUUUCGGAGGGAGUUAUAUGGAAGAGCCCUUUGAGGGAAGCAAGAACGGGCUGAGGAACACGGAGAUGCUGUCGGCUGCCUGUGCAGUGGGAGUGGGCUGCUGCUUCGCUGCUCCGAUUGGAGGGGUGCUGUUCAGCAUUGAGGUCACUUCCACGUUUUUUGCGGUGAGGAACUACUGGAGGGGCUUCUUUGCUGCCACCUUCAGCGCCUUCAUAUUCAGAGUGCUGGCAGUGUGGAACCAGGAGGAAGAGACCAUCACUGCUCUCUUUAAGACUCGUUUCCGUCUUGACUUCCCGUUUGACCUUCAGGAGCUGCCGGCGUUCGCCAUCCUCGGGAUUGCCUGUGGUUUUGGUGGCGCUCUCUUUGUCUACCUGAACCGGCUGAUUGUGGAGUGCAUGAGGAAGCAGAAGACUAUUAACAAGUUCUUGCUGAGGAAUCCCUCUCUCCCUGUCAGGCGCCUGGUGUAUCCCGCCGUCGUCACCCUGCUAAUCUCCACUCUCACGUUCCCUCCAGGCUUCGGGCAGUUCAUGGCGGGACAGCUCACGCAGCACGAGUCUCUGGUCGCUCUGUUUGACAACCGCACGUGGUGCCGGCAGGGCGUGGCCGAGGAGUUUGAUUACCACCACAACGGCUGGAAACAUCCGCAGGUCAACGUCUUCAUCACACUCGUCCUCUUCAUCGUUAUGAAGUUCUGGAUGUCGGCUGUGGCCACCACCAUGCCGGUUCCAUGCGGGGCCUUCAUGCCAGUGUUUCUUAUCGGUGCAGGAUUUGGCAGACUUGUUGGAGAGGUCAUGGCAACCAUGUUUCCUGAUGGCAUACAUGCUGAUGGCAGCGUGUAUCCCAUAGUUCCCGGCGGUUAUGCUGUAGUUGGUGCUGCAGCGCUGUCUGGAGCGGUCACCCACACGGUGUCCACAGCGGUCAUCGUGUUUGAGCUGACGGGUCAGAUCUCUCACAUCCUGCCUGUGAUGAUCGCUGUGAUCCUGGCCAACGCCGUGGCCCAGUCGCUCCAACCAUCGCUGUACGACUCCAUCAUCCGCAUCAAGAAACUCCCUUAUCUGCCUGAACUCGGCAUGGGACAUCAAGAGAAGUAUAAUAUCCGUGUGGAGGACAUUAUGGUCAGGGAUGUGCGUUACAUCACUCUGAACUCUUGCUACCGGGACCUGCAGGAGAUGCUGCUGACUGGUCAGCUCAAGACUCUGGCACUGGUUGAGUCCAGGGAGUCCAUGAUCCUGCUGGGCUCCAUUGAGCGUCUGCAGCUCCAGUCGCUGCUCUCUGUUCAGCUGGGCCACCAGCAGAGGCUGGAGUACCUCCGCCAGCUGGCCCAGGACAAUGGCACCCACGAUCACCUGUCCAGCCUCACCACCGACAGCACGCCCAGCUCCCCCUGCUCCCACUCCCACAUCAACGCCUCCACCACCACCAGCGCGCGCCAAGCGGUCCGCUUCCUGGUGAGCACCCAACAGAUCUCCACAGAGGAGUCUGCCUCCUUCAGCCCGGUGGUUUCCAACACUCAGCUUCCUCUGAAAUCUGCCUUGAAAACUGUGUCCGCCAUCGGCGACACAGAGACGCCAAAUAGUUCUCAGACUUUGACCUGUGCUGACCACGAUAAGGAGCUAAUGGAGAGCCCGGCUGGGCCGGCUCCUCCUGAACAAAGACAACCCAAGCCCAAACGAGUGCGGAUCUCCAUGGCGGACUCCACUGAUACGGAAGAUGGCAUGACUCCAUCAGACAUAGCUGAGUGGGAGGAGCAGCAGCUCGACAAGCCGGUGGAUUUCAAGAACUGCAAGAUUGAUCCCGCUCCCUUCCAGCUGGUAGAGCAAACAUCUCUGCAUAAGACCCACACUAUCUUCUCUCUGCUGGGCCUGGACCACGCCUACGUGACCAGCAUGGGACGUCUGGUUGGAGUCGUCUCUCUCAAAGAGCUGCGUAAGGCCAUCGAGGGCUCGGUGACGGUGACUGGAGUGAAGGUGCGCCCCCCGCUGGCCAGUUUCCGUGACAGUGGGAACAGCUCGAAUGUAUCCGAGGUAACAGAACUACACAAGCUGUGCCUCCGCCACAGGGGGCUUUCGUUGCCACGGGAACCCAACCGUCCAGAUGUGCAGAACCAGCCAGACCUUGCGUACAAAGAGAUCCCCGUCAACUUCUCCGACCAAACGAACCUGCAGUUUGAGGCGAGCCCCGGAGACGCCUCGAGCCAGUCGUCAGAGCUGGUGCUGCAGGAGAGCCCCUCGUUCACCGAGGACCAAUCAGAGUUCACUUUUGACUGCAGCCCCUCCCACACUGAGGAGUCGGAGCUGGCCUGUGACUAUGACUUCCCCACACACACUCCUGAGCCGGACCACACGGAGCUGGAUCAGGGAAGCCCGUCUCUGAACAAGGACCAAUCAGAACCUGAGGGAGAGGUUUGCCCCGCCCACACUAAGGCCCAAUCAGAAUGACCCGAGGGGAUCCUCGCUGACGCAUCAUGAAUAUCGACGUUUCUUACAUUCGUAGAGGUCGCUCUCACCUCCCAGUCCAGCCUAGAUACCGUGUUUCUAACCUUGUUGUGUGAGCGAGUGAGUGAGAAUGAGUACAUGUGACAUCAUUAUCAUCAUGUGUUUCUGUCAAACUGUGCAAAUGCCUGUUUUAAAGGAGAAAGCUGGUUGUAUUCUAUAUUUUUAUAACUCAAUGAAAUCCCAUGAAAACCAAUUCAAGCUGCGAAAAGUAAUGAGAAAGCUCAACAUUUGCGCAUUUCGGUGGGUCACGUAGCUGAGGGGCCAAUACUGGAGAUCAGUGUCAGAGAGUACUACUGUUUAUAUAAAGAAAAACUAUAUAAAACCUUCUGUGGCUUCAGAAACCCUUCAUGAACUACGAUUCAAUUGACAAGUGAGAUACAGAGAAGUGAUAUGACCAGACCACUAUAGCUCCUCUUCUUUGCUUGCAGCUGCAUUAGCCUCUGCUAGAAUAAGUGGGUAAUGUAAGCACCAGGUUUUGACAAGGAAGAAUAAUUAAUUGGAUAGAAAACAAUCUGCUGCAUUAAUGUGGAACCUUUAUUUAGACUGUCCCUCGUAACUGACAAUGUUCAAGGAGUGCAAUACUCAAUCAGUGGAGGAACAAAUAUCAGUUUUAAGUUGCCUUGAGAUUUUGAACGUAUCACCUGAUGUUGCUCUACAGAAGGAGUUUGCUAAGUCGUCAUGGAAUAAUAGAUGUUAAAAUCUCCCUUUUUUUAACUGAGCACUUACCGAUGUUAAAUUGUGUGUCUUUAAAUUGAGUAAAACCGAGAUCAAGAACGACCUUUAAAGCUCUCUGUUAAGGGGACAAUAAUCAAAAGCUUAUGCUCAUCUAAUGAUGUCGCUCUUUAUGUGACGUUCAUUUAAACACUUCAGCAAGCUGGGUACUGUAGGCUAUAUUACUCAAACGUAAGUAACUAGUGCAUUCGUUGGGCAUUCAUUUUAGCUCUGUUUUAUGGUGGUCUACAAAUACACUAGUUUUAUCUUUUCAUGGGGUUUAUUGACCAUGAGAAAAAUGUAGAAUAUUGCAAGCUGUAUGUUUUGUGUGUGUGUGUGCGUGAGACAUUUUGACACUUUCCUUUCCAUGCUCAGAUCUUGGACUCUUUAACAUAUUUUGAGUCUUCAUGCCAAAAAUAAAAUCCUGUUAUCAUGUCUUCAACUACAUUACUUAGAGAAUAAAAGUCACGCACAAAUAAUGGAGGGGGAACAAUAAUAGACAAGAAAGCACAGAAGAACAAAUGAGCACACGAUGGUAUGAAUUGAAACUACUACCUAUUCACUAUCAGUGGACCAAUAAACUAGAAAGUGGCUGAUAAUAUUUAUACAUAAAGGUAUUGGAUGAUAUGCAACAAAUAUACAGUAAUAAUGCAGUAAAAGAGGGUUUAAUAGCAACAGUGUCAUUAGUUUGUCAGGACUCCAUUGUUUAAUUACCACACAUCAUUUACUAACAAAUAAUGGUUUGUCACAUCGAAAAUCCCCAAAUCAGCAGAGAUCUAACGUUCAAAGGCAACUUCCAAACAGGGGCGGUUCUAGGGGGGGGGCAACAGGGGUCAGUGCCCCCGUAACACUGACCAGGGAACCCCCUGUGGCCCCCCUCCAAAAAAAAGGUUACAAUAUUACGAUUGAUUGGAACUAAUUCCAAUCAGAGUCCCGGAUGUAGAGUGGAGGUUAAACUGUUCAUUACCUUAUAUAAAAGCAAAUACUGUUUAUGUUUUUUAAUUAAAUUGUCACUUAAAGUUACUAAAACAAAUAUUCUGAAUGAAAAAACUACUGAAACAAAGGACUCUAACUUACAUUUACUAAAACAAAUAAUCUUACAAAUAUCAAUUGCUGUAUUUUAUGUUUAUUUUACACAAUUACUUUAUACUGUCUUUGUCUUUUUAACCCACUUGUUAUUGUGCCCCUCUCAUGAAAUAACUGCCCCCCCCCAGUAAAAUUGGUCUAGAACCGCCACUGCUUCCAAAGGUCUACCAAGCUUAGUAACAGGGCUCCAAAGUGGUGAAGCACAUUGUAUUUAGCAUGAGUAUAGUUUACUUCACAUGUAGCCUGGUUUGGCUUUAGAGGGGCUGAUUUAAUAAGGGCAACGUCGACUGUCUGUCACUUAUACUGCCUCUACAUUUCUGCUUUGUGAAUUUAAUUGUUUUUUUAACGAGAUUCUAGCCCUAUAAAGGGACAACACUUAAGCUCCGAGUGAACCGAGGAAAACUGGCUGUAUCUUUAUGAGAGUAAAUGUAAUCCAGCCUGGCCUCUGUUGUCGAAAGAGCAAAGAGUGUUUGAGUCCUUGUUAAGACCCUAAAAUGGAUGAAUGUAUUUUAUUUUCAUGCAACAAUUUUGAAGCCAUAUUUCAAUCCUAUGUGAUAUCAUCGCAGCACAUUGACUCAUUGUUUUUCAGUGUAAACAUUGGUUCAACGAUUUAUAAACGUCUUAACUUUUCGUUUGCAUAUAGAAUGUGACGUAGAGCUCGCCAUAUAGGAUAACAUAUAAGGAGUUAAAUGUAGAGAGUGUAUAAGCAAAUUUGCAGCGUAUAUAGUUAAGCAAUAAGUCUGUAGUAUCUCCCUUUAUAUGGCACACUGGCCUGUAUAUGCUCUGUGCAUAUGGAAAUACAUGGAUGAGAUCUACGUACAUGAUAUUGUACAUAGGAGAAUUAUGCAUUUGAAAUUCAACAGCCAUUGUUAUUUUUCAGAGGACAUGAAAUUGUUUUUGUACAUGAGUGAAUGACUAAAUAAAAAACAAAACACCUUCA